UUCUCUCUCUCUCUCUCAAAAACCCGUGAUUCAACAGCAACAGCAGGGGGGUAUGAAGCUUCAUCUUCUCAGCCACAGCGGGUUAAUGGGAACAACGCAAUAUCUCAUCCGAUCAGUGACUAGGGUCUCUUCUUUUUGCACUUACGCGUCCAAAUGGGAAGGUGGUGGUGGUGUUUCAAUGGUGCAAGGAGCUUCCAGAGGCAUUGGCCUUGAAUUUGUUAAGCAACUGUUGGAGAAAGAUGACGAAGGGCACGUUGUUGCGACAUGCCGCAAUCCUAACAGGGCAACAGGACUUCUUGAAUUGAAAAAUAAAUUUGCUGAACGGCUUAACAUUCUACAGUUGGAUCUGACCAUUGAAAGCACAAUAGAGGAGUCGACCAAGUCCAUAAGAGAGAGAUAUGGCUCUUUAAACCUUCUGAUUAAUGCAUCUGGCAUCCUCUCAAUUCCUGAUGUCUUGCAGCCAGAAACAACCUUGAGCAAACUACAGAAGUCAUCCUCGUUGCUGGCUUACGAGGUUAAUGCAGUGGGUCCAAUUUUGGUGAUUAAGUAUAACUCUAUCCCCUGCAAUUUAUGUGAGCAGCACUUGUGGCCUUUGCUUAAGGCUGGAGGAGGCCAUGGGACUAAAAGAGAUGUUGCAGUUGUGGCCAACUUAAGUGCCAGGGUGGGAUCCAUUGGCGACAAUAGCUUAGGGGGAUGGCACUCAUAUCGAUCUUCCAAGGCUGCACUUAAUCAAUUGACGAAAACUGUGUCAGUGGAAUUUGCUAGAAAGAAGGAUCCAAUUGUAUGCAUUCUACUGCAUCCAGGUACAGUGGAUACCGAUCUCUCCAGGCCAUUUCAGAGAAAUAUUGCUGAAGGCAAGCUUUUCACCAAGGAGUUUUCAGUUCAGAAGCUCUUAAGUAUUAUCAAUAAUGCAAAGAGUCGCGAUAAUGGUAAGUUUUUUGCCUGGGAUGGUCAAGAAAUCCCUUGGUAAUCUAUCAUUCUUUUGAACAAACUUUAUGUCAAGUUACUCAAAAUCUAAGUUUUCUAGUCAAAAUCUAUGAAAGAACAUUUCAGUAAGGGCUGAAUGCGUGAAUGAAUGCAUCAAUUGCAUUUCCUUGUUCAAAUGGUCGUUGAGUGAUUGUCUUUUAGUUAUGAAUAAAUGGCAAACGUUUGUAUAUCCUAUUGAUGUGGAAAUUUUAGUGGAUUCAUUGCAAAUUUA